CAGUGGAACGAGGCAGACGAUCAAGCCGUAGAAGCACAUUUAGGAAGCAAAGCAGAGAAGUUGCUGUAAAUGAAGGAAAAGUACAAGAUGCAAAUGAGCAUAAGUGUAAGAUAGUAAACUCUGGAGGAAAGCCCAAGUGAAGAAGUAGACAUGAGUGAGCAGAAUGUGGCGACAAAGCCCUUCUCCUUGGAGAUGGAUGACAGGAGCAGCGAUGAACCCACCAGAAGUAAAGGAAAAAAGAAGGGGCGCCUGGGGCCUCCUUUCAGCCUGGGCAAUUCAGAGCGGCAGAAAGCACCUAUGGACACAGACUACAUUGAGGACCUGAAGAACACAAACACCAAGCUACGAAUUAAUUUGAAUUUUGGCAGGAAGCAAGAGGACAACAAAUACCAGGAGACCAUCAAGAAAUUUGAUGUCAAGAGCUUGUUUGCAGCAGUGUCAAGUGGGGAUGUCUCUCAGCUGCAAGGGCUAGAGCUGUAUUUGCAUCGUACUAUGAAGCACUUAACUAAUUCAGAGUAUCAAUCAAAUGGUAAAAAUGCCUUAUUGAAAGCACUCCUGAACCUAAAAGAUGGAAGAAAUGAUACUGUAGAGUUUCUCCUUGAUGUUGCGGAGAAAAUGGGAGACCUGAAGGAGUUUGUCAAUGCAGCUUACACAGACAGCUACUACAGAGGCCACACUGCUCUUCAUAUUGCCAUUGAGAGGAGAAGCAAAUACUUUGUGGAGCUGUUAGUUCGGAAAGGAGCAGAUGUCCAUGCUAAAGCAUGUGGGAAGUUUUUCCAGCCACAUGAUGGACCAUCUUUCUACUUUGGUGAGCUGCCACUGUCACUAGCAGCCUGUACCAAUCAGCGAGAUGUUGUGGACUUCCUCAUGGACAAUCCCUACCAAAAAGUGAACAUAAUGGAGACAGAUUCCCUUGGCAACACUGUGCUCCAUGCUCUGGUGCUGGUGGCAGACAACAGCACUGAGAACACAAACUUUAUUAACAGUAUGUAUGACCACAUUCUGACCAGAACAACAAAGCUCCACCCUGAGAUCCUAGUGGAGGACAUUGAAAACAAAGAGGGGUUGAACCCCCUAAAACUAGCAGCCAAGACUGGCAAAAUUGGGCUUUUCCGAAACAUGAUACAGCGGGAGUUCAACGAUAAAGAAAUUGUGCAUCUGUCUCGCAAGUUCACAGAGUGGGUCUAUGGGCCUGUGCAAUCAUCCCUGUAUGACCUGGCUUCAGUGGAUUCCUAUGAGAAGAACUCUGUGAUGGAGAUCAUUGUUUAUGGCAGUACAAUCCCAAAUCGGCCUGAGAUGCUGCAAACUGAGCCUCUCAGCAAGCUGCUUGAUGACAAAUGGGACAGGUUUGCCAAGUGGAUGUUUCUCAUUAAUUUUAUUUCCUACAUUUUAUAUCUGACAAUCUUUACAACGGUUGCCUAUCACAGACAGGAAGGAAAGGUACCUUUUCCUGUGGAAAAUACUGCAAUGGGCCACCUAUAUCUAGUGGGACAAGUGAUCAGUGCUUUGGGAGCUGUGUAUUUUUUCUUCAAAGGGAUAUCAGACUUGAGAAGAAAGCGUCCGACAUUGCAGACACUACUAGUUGAUGGAUUCAGUGAAAUUCUUUUUUUCAUACAGGCAGUCCUCUUCAUUAUCGCAUCAGUGCUGUACUGCUGUGGGAAGAAGGAAUACUUGGGCUUCAUGGUGCUGUGUCUUGCUCUGAGCUGGAUCAACCUGCUACACUUCUCCAGGGGAUCCAGACACAUGGGGAUCUACAAUGUUAUGAUUCAACAGAUGAUCCUUGGUGAUGUUUUACUGUUCCUCUUUGUCUACAUGGUCUACCUAUUUGGAUUUUCUGCAGCUGUGGUAACACUGAUAGAUGACUCCCCCAACAACAUGACGGCCACCAGUUUGACAGAAGAAAAACCAGACUGCAAAAAUCCAACUUUUAAUGAUUUCAGAUUCACCACCCUGGAACUCUUUAAAUUCACCAUUGGAAUGGGAGACCUGGAGUUCACUGAUCAGUACCAGUACAAAGAGGUAUUCUAUGUGCUGCUCAUCUCCUACAUAGUAUUCACCUACAUUCUCCUGCUCAACAUGCUCAUUGCACUGAUGAACAAGACAGUGGAGAAGCUCUCUGAGGAAAGCAGGAACAUCUGGAAAUUGCAGCGAGCGGUCACCAUCUUGGACCUGGAGAGGAGUCUUCCUUCCUUUCUGCGGAGGCGGUUCCGUUCAGGGGUGGAGAAGAAGCUGGGUUGGGCCUGCGGAGAGGAAACACGCUGGUGUUUCAGUGUGGAGGAGGUCAACUGGAGCAAGUGGAGCAGUGAUGUGAGCAUCAUCAAUGAAGACCCUGGAAACCAUUAUGUCCUUUCCUCAAGCUCCAUCCCUCAGGCCAGACCGGGAAGAGGAAAGAGCUGGCGUCAGUUGCUGAGACGCAGCCUGGUGGGACACAUAGAGGACCUCGAGAUGAUGCCCAUGAGAGACAGCAAAAAUCCACAGUGACACCACCACCAAUGGCCUCCUGAGGGCAGUAUGGGGCUGUAGCUUCCUUUUUCACAGAGCUUCAAGUGCCUUACUGCCAAGAGGACUAUGUGAAUUAGAUUGGUAAGAGAAUACUGAACAUGUUUAAGAUAUCUCAAUAUUUUUUGCAACAUAAUAUUAUAAUGAGUACAUGUGAAUAUUUUCCCUUCAAGAGAACUAAGUAACCAAAUGGGCAAAUUGUGCCUUCAAAAUACAACAUUGUUCAGAAUAUCUUUCCAGAUAAAAAAAGAUAAAAUUCAUUUAAUUUGGUAAAUCUUGACAUAUUUUUCAUUGAUUUCAUAAUGGAAGCUACCAAAAUCACAUUUUUGUUGCCUCUAAUUGUAUUAUAUGAAAACUGGUUAUGAAACAUAAUCAUGUACAUUGGAAGAUUCUGAGGGUGAUCAGAUGUGAUCAAUAUACUAUAUAAAUCAAUUACUUAUUUCAUAAGAAGCACUUGAUUUCUGAAAAAACAGUCCUGAAAUGCAUGGUGUUCCUGGCAGAAAAAAGCCUUUCAAAGCACCAGCUUAACUUUGAGCUAUUCAAAGGCUCACUCCUGUCAUUUUCAAUUUAAUACAGAAUACUUGACUGACUGAUUAAAUGAAAAGCUCACAUAAAAACAAUUGACUUAAUGUGAACGAUGCUGUUAGGGUCAUAUGAAAAGCUGAAAGAAAUAUUUUCUGUUGCUUUGGACGUGUCUAUACAAAAGCAUGUUAUAUCCACACGUUUGCUCUACGUUCUGAAAGUUGUCAUUAUUAGU